UACAGAGAUCAAUGGCGGACAUGGGAGAUUCAGGUGCCCGCAUCGGAAUUAAAAUUGUGCUUUUCUGUAUAGUAGUAAUCGAAGUAGGAUCCAGUUUUCAACUUCAAAAUGUUAAAAUGAGCCAAGCAAAAGAAUGGUCAGAGAAAAUCAGUAUGAAGUUAAAUACAUCGUCAAUGGGGGAAUCUAUGGGUUUUUCAAAUUUCAUUGAAGUUGAAUACAAUAAGCCAGAAAGUUACAUAACAUUUGAAAAGAAUAAUGGAGUUGAACUUGUGAAAGAGAUGGCCACACAACUAGAAAAAAUGCUGGGGAAGAAGAUGGCAGCUCUGAAGGAUUUAGUUAAUGCAGCUGAGACUGCAGUGAGAGAUCACAAAUGGAGGGAGGAUAUGAGGAUUGGUGAUGUGCAGUAUUGGGAUGCUAAGAACCACAGUCAACUACAUGAUAUACUUUCAUACAAUGAAAGAUUCCUACAAUCUAUCAACGAAUCUGUAUCAACUGUCCACAUUCCAGUAGAAAUUUACAAUGGAAACAUUGACAUAUUAAAUGGUCUAAAGUGGUCCAAUGAUUUAGACCAGGCAUUCCUGAAGAACUAUGAAAAUGAUCCUGACAUCCUGUGGCAGUACUUUGGUAGUCAGACAGGGUUUAUGAGAACAUUUCCAGGAAGUAAAUGGAGUAUAAAACAUGAUGAUGUGGAUUUGUUUGAUGUUAGAAGAAGACCAUGGUAUACACAAGGCUCAAGUUCACCAAAAGAUAUGUUAAUCCUCAUUGAUACAAGUGGAAGUGUACAUGGGCAAGCUUUAAGUUUAAUCAAAGUGGCAGUCAAAUCUAUUCUUGACACACUUGGAGAAAAUGAUUUUGUCAAUAUUGCAAAUUUUUCCAAAAGUGUGACAUUUGUCAGCUGUUUUGAAACAUUUGUCCAGGCCAACCACAGAAAUAAGAAGAUCUUAAAGGAAGGAGUUGAUGCCUUAACAGCUAAAGAUAUGGCCAAUUAUGAGUCUGCUUUAACAUUUGCAUUUGAUGAAUUUGACAAGUUUGACAAUUCUAGUGACAGUGGUGCUAAGUGUAACAGAAUGAUCAUGUUGUUGACUGAUGGAGGAACGGAUGAUGCAGAAAAAGUCUUUAAUGAAAGGAACUUUAAAAGACCAGAUGAGGACCAAGUUAGGGUAUUUACAUAUGCAGUUGGACAAACAGCAAAUCCAAAUAGAGGUAUCAGAUGGAUGGCUUGUGCAAAUCGAGGUAAAUUUUCAGAGAUUCCAGCAAUGGGAGCAAUCAGAGCAAGAGUACAGGGGUAUGUAGAUGUAAUAGCUCGCCCUGUUGUACUUUCUAAUCGACAUGAUAUGAAAUGGAAUAGCGUGUACCGUGAUGGACUGGGUUUAGGGAUGAUGACAACUGUUACAUUACCUGUCUACAACAAGACUGAUAAUGCUGAUCGUCAGGCUAAUCAAACCAUACUAGGAGUUAUGGGAACUGAUGUAACUACAGCUCAGAUGGUGAAGUAUACUCCUGAAUGGAAGCUUGGUCCUAAUGGAUACAGCUUUGCUAUUAAUGCCAAUGGUUAUGUGAUGUUCCAUCCUAAGUUAAGAGUUCAUGAUGAUUUUAAAGACCCACCAAAUAUGGAUUUCUUGGAUAUUGAAGUAGAAAAUAAGGAGAAGGAAGAGACUAAAUCAGUUGGGAACCAGUUGAGAAAGAACAUGACAGAUGGGAUAACUGGUGAUGCUUCCAUGGUUACCUAUGUAAUAUCUGCUGACAAUAAUCAUACAGAUCAAGAAAGAAGACAUUAUUUUUACAGAAACAUUAAAAGCACUUCAUUCAGUCUUGGAUUAAGUAUACCAUCUUACCAGGAAUAUACAAUGGUUUUUACAUCUACACCAAAGGAUAUAGUGAAGAGUGGGACACCUUUUAUAGAAGAUAACAAAAGUAUAGUGUUGGUAGCUCCUUGGAAGUAUGUCAUGAAUGGGUCAGUAGCCAGUAAUCUUUCAGAUAUUUACAGUUCUUACAAGAAAUGGGAGAAGUCAGGCAAAGAUGAUGGUUUCUGGGACAAUGAGAAGCUAUUAACCUUACACUUGGAUCUAGAAAAGACUGAACAUAUGCAUGAAUUUUUCAAUAAGUUUAUGCUUAAUAGGACAGAAGCAAUAUUUGUAGCCACAUAUGGAGGUCUGACCAGAAUUUGUCCAACUGGAUCAAAGUACAAAGAAAAAAUAGAGAAAGACCGAGAUACAUGGAAGGCCUCAUAUUUUAAGAGGGCUCUAGAUUAUGAUGGACUUGUAUUCAGUGCUCCUUAUACUCUCAAGGAAAGAACAGAGAAUGAUACAGAACCUAUUCCUGAUAUAAUGAUAACUAAGAGUGUGACUGUAACACAAUAUAACUACAAACCUGCUGUCAUUGGAUCGUUCGUCAAACAUGAGAAGAUUGUAGAGAUCUUAGGGACAGAGACUGAUCAGAAUUGUGGAGUAGACUCCAGUAUUGAUUGCUAUUUACUUGAUGACGGGGCUUUCCUCAUUUCUAGUAAUAGGGAAGAACACUUUGAUGAGGUUGGAAGAUUUUUUGGUAAAGUAGAUCCUCUUUUGAUGCAUGAGCUGUACAAUAUGUCAGUGUACCAAAGGUUAGAAGAUUUUGAUUACCAGGCCACAUGCUCUUUAAAUGACAGCACAACAAGCAGUGCUAUUCGACUACGUAUUCCAUCCAUUAACAUACUGUUUGAGUUACUGACAGUCAACUGGUGGUCAUCUAUUUGGACAUGGUGGGUGUCGAACUUGAGUUUUUACAGCUGGUUGAAUGCUCCAGUUGUAGAGACGGCCAAUGCACCAGAAGUUAAUAAAAACUGUAUAAAACAACAAGCUCAGUAUUAUAUACCUACAGAUUUUAGUGAAAUAGAGGGUGUAAUUGAAUGUAUUAAUGUUAACUGUACAAGGAACUAUAAAGCUAUUAAACUGAACAACAGCAAACUAAAGAGCAACUUGAUGUUUGUGAUGGUUGAUGCCAAAUGUGAUGGUUGUUUAGAAGAGAAGAGUGGUGACAUAGAUCUUCUACAAGAACCAAAAGUUUUUGAAAAGGAAAGUGAGCAUUUUUGUAAUAAGCAGGCAAGAUACAGAAGGGUGACAGAGCCAUGUUAUGAUUAUCAUGAAAAGGAAGAAAGUGAUUGUAGUGGACCAUUAUCAACGCCAGUGUCAGUAGCAGUCAUUGUCAUAGCAACAAUUGUAACUGUUUUGUGCACAUGGAUUAGAUAAUAGAAGCAUGAAUUGAUAAACAAUUGCAUACAUGUAAAUGCCGCUUAACAUAAGAUUAUGCAAUUAAUGGUGGAUUAUUUGAGAGAGAGAAAAGACGGAGCUGUGCUGAAAAAAAAUACCGCUGUAAUCAUGUGUACAUAUAUCAUUGAUAGUGUUUAAAGUUGCCAAGAACAUUAUACAUUAUAUCAUCUAUCCAUGUUGUUUUGUUUUUUCAUAUUUAACAGAUGUUUUUGUAUGAUAAAUCUAGUGCUGUAGGAAAAUUGUGAUUCCUCAAUUAGGGUACUUUGCAGAAGCAUAAAAUAAGUUUUUACCAAAUUAUAAAGAGAACAGCAUUUAAGAAAUUAUUUCAUUUAGGAUCAGAUUUUUUUUUGUAUUAAAAAGUGUAUGUUAUUAUGUUCUUAAAGAUUAUAUGAUGUACUAUACAUUGAAAUAAAGGAUAACUGUUCCAACCAAUGUUGAGACAAGAGUGCUGCUUGAUCCAAUGCAAAAUAUAACGUGAGAUUACUUCCCCUUUUUUUGGUCAUUCAUACUUACUUACUGCAGUAUUGAAGUAAUACAGGUCACAUACAAAUUCAUAUCUAACUUGGCAUAGAUAAAUAAUUGUCUUAAUAAAAAAAUCUAACAAAUACUUACAAAGUUUUGUGUAAAACAAAGAUGCUUGCAUCUCAUAUGUAUUUACCGUAUUAUACAAUUUUGAAGAAAAGAAUAAUCUGAAAUUCAGUUUUAAAAUAAUACUAUAUUUUCAGUAAUAUUGUAACUAAUGACAAUUAAUGGAAAUUGAUAUUUCAGGUUGAAUGUAUGAGAUUUAUUAAAGAUAUGGCUUGAUAAAAGUGUUUUCUCUAGGGCCUUUUAACAUCCUGGUAAAGUGAUGCAAAUUGCUACAAUGUGAUACUACUCAAAAUGAACUUCAAAUCUUGUUGAUUGUGUUCUUGUUGUGAAGCCAUAAUUUUUAGAAAAAAUAUGGUAUUUUAAAUUCUUUCUUUACCAGGAUGCGAUGUAAAAUUUGUGCAGAUUUCAUUGAUAAAGUGUAUUUAUCAAACUCCUGAACACAUUUUUGUGCCAAACUUUUGUAUAUACAUUGAUCUGAAUGCUAUGUAAUAACAUAAUGAUUUUCAGAUAUAGAAAAUAUAAUAAUUUUAAGAUGAUUAUAUGUGAAAAUGAUUUGAUAUAUCAUAUAACAGCCUCUUUGAAUUUAUACAUAUAAUAAUUCUUACGGAUUGUAAUAUAGGAAUUAAAUCUCAUUUAAUUUGAAAGGUAAUGGUGUAUAAAAAAAAAUUGUGUAUUAUUUAUGACCCUACAACAAUUCCAAAUAACAUUCCCUGAUAUUUAUACAUAAGGUAUUAUAGAUAUUGUUUUUUAUUUGGAAUGUUUCAUGUGUGAUGAAAUAACUAUUAACGAAUGUUGUGUGAUAUUUUAGAAUGUUAUUGUGUUCAACACUUAAAACUCAAAGCCUAAGAACAGCAUGUUUAUUUACAUAUAUAUUAUAUGAAAAUAUUAUAAAGAGUUGAAUUGAUUUUUGCAUAUUUGUCUUUCCAUAAUGGCACAUUAAUCAAAUUAUUGUAUAUAAGAGUGCUAUACAUGUUUAUUGUAUGUUUAAAUCUUUUGUGUGAUUUUAUAAGAAAUCAUAAACAUGAUGCUUUGGUUGGAAUUAUUUAACUGCUUUGUAGAGUUUAAAGUUUUUACAUAUUUGAAAAUUCCCUAAAAAAAAUAUUUAAAAAGAAAAAAGAAAAUCAUUCAAAAUUUGAUCGAAUUUGAAAUAAUCCAAUGUGAGGAGAGGGUAUUAUUUUGUAUCAAAUUGGCCCUCAAUUCAAAAGGAUUUUAGAUAUCUCCUGAAACAUAAUAUUACAAAUUUGGAAUCUGAUAUUUGAUAUAACAUAACAGUUUGGGUUAGGGUAAAAUCUUAUUUUUUUAUGGAUCAAUCAUUCAUGAAAUAGCAGUUAAUUCAUUAAGAUGGAAAAGUACAAAUAAUCUUUGUUUUGUUAUACUUUUAAAUGUGAAAAAUACACUACCUUUAUUCUUUAAGGUAUUGAAGUAUCUUGCUUUUAUCCAUUUUCUGCCAAAGUAUUAUUUUUAUAAAUAACACAUAUGCAUGCUAUAUUGUGUAAAAUGUAUUCAAAUUGUUCCUGAAUUUUGCUUUUUUUGCUUUAAUAUGACUAAUUUCUGUUAAGACAAUACUAUUAUGAUGCUCAAGUUAAAUAGUGUCAUCAAGCCAAAACUUAAUAUUUUUUUUAUGCAGUUUCUGCUAUUAUUGCUGUUAUGAAAUUCUUUGGAUUUAAACCUUUAUUAGCUAUAAAUAUGAUCUUCUUCUGCAUUAACUGUGCAUUCAUGUAUUUUUGUGGAUUUGAGAUAAAUUGUAUUUUCAUAGAUAUUUGAUUUUGUAGAAGUGCCAAAGUCUCCUGCAUGCAUAUAAAAAUGUGUACUUCGUUGAACAUUAUGAUUAAUAAUUUUUCUUUACAAACGAUAUCCUUGAAAAUGGUAUUCCACGAAACAGUAUGAAUCUAUAAUACAGUUAUUGCUUGUAUGUGUGCAUCAGUAAUUGUUGUGGUGUUUCCUAUUAAUUUUUAGGUAAGAGUUUUGAUCUUACCUUUGACCUAAUCAUACAUGACUCUUUAGAGAUAGUUUGUAUUGGAAUUCAUUUAUACUUAAAUGAUUGUUGUGCAUUAGUGAAUUUUAAGUUUUCACCAGUUUGAGAAUGUAUUGACCUGUUGAAGAAUAUAAAAUACCGGUUUGAUAUUGCAAUAAGUAAGACUAUUAAGUGUGUCAACUCUUGUUAAUAUAAACAUUAUUGAGAUAUAUUUUUGUUGGGUUGUGACCUUGUUGUGUAUAGAUAUUCUUUUUUUGCUACAAUCUAUUCUUGUCUUUCCUGUUUUAUGUGCCUUUUACAUCUCAUAUUGUGCAAUACUUUCUUUUUUAUAAUUAAGUUUAAAAAUAAAUAAAAUAGCUUUAAUUUUGGAGUGUUCAAAUUUUGAUACAUCUAGUGGAAAUUUGAUAAAACUCCCCUUUAUGGAAUGAAUUAACAUUUAAAAUUGACCGACUUUUGAAAGCACUUUGUGUAAAUCAUGACAAUAUUUCUGCAACUACAGGUUUUAGUAUCAAUCUAUUUUAUUUCAUUUAAUCAUUCCUCUUGACUCUCUAAAGAUUUUGAUCAUAUUUAAGAUCAGGUAUAUAUCAUUCGUUAUAAAACAUGUAGUCCCAGUUUAUAUUUUUCUUUAUAUUUUCUUUAUUUUCCUCAUUGGUUGUUUUAUAGGCGUUUUAUUAGUUUACACAUUUUGAGUUGUAUUUGCAAUAUGUUUUUGAAUAUAUAUCCAGCAUAAUAUCAUGUGUUUAUUACUUUGUAAACAAUAUUAUUGAAUUUAUUUUAUACUGUACAAUCAAUGUUACAUACUUUUCCAAGUAUAGUUUGUGUUCAGUGCAUAUAUUUAAGCAUUAAUAGAAAUCCAAACAACCUUUACAUGUAUUCUGUAUAAGACUAAAGACUCAAAUUCUAUUUCUUAAUGAAAACACUUGGUUCCAGUCAAAUAAGAACUACAUUUGUGCAUAUUGUGCUUUAGCAUAUUUUUGUUUCUUAUUCCAUUAUUAUCCUUUUUCAUUAAUUGUGUCUCUAUCAGUUAGAUUUUUUUUUAUUGACAAGUUAGAUAUAUGUGGUAUUUCAACAGUCUGUAGUAUUUUUUGAAACCUUAAAAAUGAAGAAAUCCAUAUAUUACUUUUUUUUUCAAUUUCCUAUAUAUAUCAUUUUUACUCAGAAUUAAAAUAUUUUGAUUAUGAUAACAAAUUAUUUUAGGAGAUUUCUUUUUAAUUAAAGCCCUUAUUAUUCUGAACUCAAAAGUAUUUUUCUAUAUAUUUGAUUUAAUUAGAUGUACAAAAAUUUGUACCUCUGAACUUGCCAGUGCUUGGUUAGCACGUUUAAUUACAGUUCAAACUUAUUUGUUUAUAUAUAUAUUGUUGGUAUGUGAAUCUCCAGAUGUGUUGUGAAUUACUAUUCCUUGAAUCUCAUUAGAUGUAUUAAUAUGAAUCCUUAUUUAUUUCUAGUCAAUGUAGGGUUGUUGAUUUUUAAAACUUUAAGACAAUAUCAUUUGUUUACUUUUUAUUAAUAAAACCAUGAGAUAUCCUU